UCGAGCCCCCACAUUGCUACCACCGUGCGUGCCCUAACAGUUGUGAUCAAAACAUAAGCGAGUGCUGGUGGGUGCUGAGUCCACGUUGUCCCAAACCGAGAGGAAAACGGAGUUGUUUGUGCAAACACGAAGUCCUACCAGUGAAAUUAUACCCUUGACAUAUUUGGGAUACCUUGGUUCAAGUACUGCAACUCUCUGUGCUGAUUUACCUGUAUCUCUGCCACGUGGGACAGAAGGGCUAGCUGAUGGGUCAGAGGUGACUGCAUGAGGAGGCGGAGUUAGGGGACCCUGGUCCGAAAUUAGACCAAACCCAGUCACACUCCUAGACCAGAGAGGUCUGUUGACCUCUAGAGAUGAGGUCCAUCCGAUCGUUCGCCAACGACGACUGCCACGUCAUGGCCAAGCAUGCCGACAUCUACCCUUCGCCAGAGGAGCUGGAGGCUGUCCAGAAGCUGGUAUCCACCGUGGAAUGUGCCCUCAAACAGGUGUCGGACUGGAUGGACAACCUCAACACCUCCCUAAGCAAGGCCCCAACCACCACCAUCAACAUCAAGGCUGCUGGAGACUCUACCGGCACCCACGGCAGCACAAAGACCCAGAGUGUGUCGAUCCUGUGUGGGGUGAUGCGGGUGGGUCUUGUGGCUAAGGGCCUCCUGGUUAAAGGAGACAUGGAUUUGGAGCUGGUCCUGAUGUGCAGAGACAAACCCACCAAAUUACUUCUGUACACUGUUAGUGCCAACCUGCCCUUGCAACUACAGACGCUGACGGAGGACAAGUACGAGGUGCGGUCGAGCGUGUCGGAGUCCGCCAUCUGGGUGGUCAACAUCAACGACCCCAAAUUCUCCCUGAAGGUCACCCUGUCCUCACUAGCCAUGAGAGAUGAACACACUGCUAAAGACCAAGAGGAAGAUGUGGAGGUGGAGGGGCUUGAUGAGGUGCUGGACGGGCGGUGGUGCCAGGCUGCUCUGGCAACGCUCAGACAUACCAAAUGGUUCCAGGCCAGAGUGACCGAUCUGAAGUCGUGUGUCAUCGUCAUGCGUGUUUUCAGAGACAUGUGCAACAGACUAACUGUGUGGGAGCCUCUCAAAGGAUGGCCCCUAGAGCUGAUCUGUGAGAAGGCCAUAGCCACCUGUGACCGGCCUCUGGGGCCCGGAGAGGCCCUGCGCAGGGUCAUGGAGUGCAUCGCCUCAGGGAUCCUCCUCCCAGAUGGGCCGGGAGUUCACGACCCCUGUGAGAAGGAGCCAACAGACACCUUGUCAGUGAUCACAGACCAACAGGCUCAGGCUAUCACUCUCAAUGCACAGCAUGCGCUACGCCUCCUAGCCUUUGGACAGCUUUAUAAGGUCCUGAAUAUGAAUCCUGUCACUCCAACCAAACCGCCACACAGAAUCUCCGGGUUAGACAAAGGAACCUGUCGUAAAAGGCAGCACGAAGACAGACACAUUGACGACAGACAGCUCUUCAAGAGGAUGAAACACAACCCGAUGAGAGUUCUGGACAAUAACAUGAUGGACCCAAACCACUCCAUGAACGCCCUGAUAAGACUGAACCAGGUCCACCCAGGGCUGCAGUACAAGCUAUUGUCCCAGUCCGGCCCGGUCCACGCUCCAGUCUUCACCAUGUCUGUGGACGUCCACGGCACUGUCUACGAGGCUUCCGGCGCCUCCAAGAAGACGGCCAAACUACGAGUAGCACUUAAGGUCCUACAGGCACUAGGUUACCCAGCUGACUUCGAUGUGGACCUGGACUCCCUGAGUGCUGACGGCGAGGGACCCAACCAUAGAAGUGAUAGAAACGACAGAAUGUCCACCAGCUCCAGCAGAAACUCUGUCACCUCCUCCUCAGACGCACACGAGUCCCGCACCCCAGGCCCUCUCCUUACGGCAGGGGGCAAGAACCCAGUGAUGGAGCUGAAUGAGAAACGCAGAGGCCUGAAGUACGAACUCCUAUCAGAGACCGGCGGCAGCUACGACAAACGCUUCAUCAUGGAGGCAAGUCUUUAUACACACAAACACGCAAAACGCUUCAGGAAGGGCCCAAUGCUGCGUACAGAGCGCACUCGCCCUCAGCGCACUGUAGGCUACAAAUCCUUGAGUUUCCUUGUAUUUCGUUGGGAAGCAGCUGUGAAGCGAGCUGUGGAGGUUGAUAAACAGAAGUUCCGAGGCUCGGGGCCCAAUAAGAAAGCGGCGAAGGCUUGCGCUGCCCUGGCUGCUCUGAAGAGACUCUUCUCUGACUCCAAAGACCCCUGCAACAAGAAGAGGAGACCUACCACACUGGUGAAGAGAACUGUGUCAUCAACUGUGACUAUCCCAGCCCAUGCCCAUUCCAGGCCUAGAACAAGGCCAGUGAUGCAUAGAGCACCCUACAUCAGCGCUCCCCCCACCCUUGGCUACCUCCCAAUAGGCUAUGGAGCUCCAUAUGGUUAUGGUACUGCAGCUUACCUCCCUGCUUAUGGCGGCCUGUACAUUGACAGUGCCUUUUACCAGCCACAGACUAUUGCCACUCCUAUUAUAAUUCACCUGGGUCCUCAGGAUCUCUUCUGA